AUGUAGCAAUAGUCGUAGCUUGAAUUGGAGGCUUCUAAUUCAACUGAAAGGGCCAGAUUUGAGCAAUCACCAUAAAAAGACAAGCAUGAAUUCUUCAAUAAUGAUGACAAUACUAUUACCGCAGGAGGACUUGAGAGCACCAGGAAAUAGAUAAUUUAGUAAAAAUUGCAAAGUAUUCAUACACAAGCAUUAUCUCAAUCUGACUUUAAAGGGAAUAAUCUAAACAAUGUUGCUAACGUAUAAGGUGCGAAGAAAAGAAAGAAGCGUCACAGAGAGAUAUCAAUGAGUGAUAUAAUGCCUAAAUUCGAAAACACUUAGUCAAUGCUAGAGAAUACUAAUUAUUACAAUUAUAACAGUACUAUCACAAACACUUUGAUGAGAGGACUUAAUGGAGGGAAACUGAGUUUUCUAAAUUUUAUCAAGUUAUAUCCUAACAUCGAAGAGCUUUCAUUUAUUGGAUUUUAUACUGCUCUAGAUAUAAUGACGAUCAGGUUACUUUGCAGAGACUGUGCAUUGAUAUUUAACGAAGACUUAUAAUUUAACAUGAUCAGAAUUGGGAAUCUGGAUGAUCAAAUCAGAAUCAAUUUUUGGUUGCUUCAAGCGCCCUUUUUUGAUAUUGAAAAUGAGCUGAAAAAAUUGCUUAAUCUUGGUUCGAUUUUUGCUAAUGUUUAUGAACAUCUUAAGUAAAUGCAAGUUUAAGAUCCUACUUUGGCUUUUCUAUUGCCAGAUAUUGGCUAUUGCCAAGGAAUGAAUUUUGUCGCUGCUGUACUAUUCUCCUAUUUAAAGGAUGAGGAGCUUACCUUUGAUAUUUUCCUCUCACUACUGGCAUCAAAGGAUUUAAAGCCACUCUAUGUAAAUGGCGUACCAGAAUAUCACAUUAGGAAUUUUAUGCUUGAACACCUUGUGAAAUAGCAUCUUCCAGAAAUUUUCUAUCAUUUUCGCAGAUUGCAGCUUAACAUAGAGGUUAUAACUGGUCAGUGGCUAAUGACUUUCUUUUGUGGGUAUUUUCACUAUGACAGCAUGCUUCAGAUUAUUGAUAAUUUCUUUAUUGAUGAUUGGCUAGCAGUUUUUAGAAUCUCUCUUGCUCUUUUGAAGAUGUUUAAAGAUGAUAUUUUAUCAAAUAAUGAUCUUGCCUUUGUUGCUUCUUACUUUCAUUAACUCAAAGAUAAGACAGAAACCAUACCGAUGCAAGAGUUAUUAUAUCAAUCUCUUGAAUUCAAUAUAAAUGAGGAUACCCUCGAUAUGCUAGAAAGUUAAUACUUUUUGGAAUAAGCAAAGAAAAAGUUAGUUGAGGACUAAUCUAAAUGGGAUGUAAAUGAAACUCAUUUUCUCAGUUAAAUCACUAACUUCAUUAAAAAAUCUGAGCCUCCACUUAAAAAAGAAAUAUAGUCACUAUAAAAGAAACUGAUUCAGAUUGAUCAUGAACUUAAGAAGUAAGUGCAAAUAACUUCCAUGGCCAAAAUGGAAUACGAGUAAGCCCAGGAAGUUAAGGAUCAUAUUCUCGAAAAGAAAAAUAUCCUAUACGGAACAUAUACUACACUAAAGAGGGAUAUACAUACAAGGAAACAAAUGCACAAGAUGACCAUACUUGCUUAGAUUCUUAAAAAGAGACGUGACUAGACUGUGAGUGCUUCAGUUGAUUACAACAUGUCCUCUGAUCCUGAAGAAGGAGGAAAUUCUGAUUAUUAAGAUGUAUAUCAACAACCAAAGCCAAAACAUUAAGAUGAUUGGAAUUACUAGUCUCAGAUUAUGAUUGAAAAAUAGGAGACUCCCCAAAAACAUGCAUAAAGCAAUCAACGAAUAAUAAACACUGAGACUUUCGACCCAAAGAAAAAUGCUAAGGAAAUAAAAGAACUAGAAAUGGAUGUAUAGAGAAUUGAGCAUAGGAUGAAGGAGAAUGAGUAUCUGUGCAAUAUAUAUGAGACCACCUUUAGCGAGAAGAAAAGUCUCUAUGAAAUUGAAAAGCAGAGAUUCGAUGAUUAGACCGAGUCUAAAGAUAAGCUGAUGAAUCAGAUUAAUGGACUAAUGAUGGCUUUUGAAGCAUCGAAACAAUAAAAGCUAUCGAUAUACGCUGAGUAUCUAAGAGAGAAUUACAGGGAGAAAUACAAGAUCGAGUUCUGA